GCGCGUCCUGGAUAGUGGACAGGACGCAGUGCAGCUCCCUCCACCCUCCUCGGCUUAUCGUCCCCGUCCUCGUCCUGGCCGCCACCACCACCUGCUCGCCGCCCUCCUUCUCCCGGGUCACGUCCGCGGGGCCCGGCGAGGCGCCCGACGAGGAGGCUCCCCCCGCAAGGCGAGGACAUAAGUACCCGCGCCGUCGCGGGGCGGACGCCACACAGACAUGGGUCGAAGCCGCUCCCCGCUCGUCGCGCUGCUCUUGGCCGCGCUCGCCUCCGCCUUCCCCGCCGACGACACGGCCGUGUCCGAGGAGGUGGCGCAGCAGCUGUACGCCGAGGCCCUGUACGCGCCGGUGUGCCCCGAGGUGCGCUCCUCGCCCAAGCUCAACCUGCCGGACGGCGCCGAGGUGGGCGGCGACGGCCGCGGGGACGAGCCCGUCCGCUGGAUGCUGAUGCCGGACGGCCGCGGCGAGGCGCAGGUGGCCGUGCUGAGCGGCGCGCAGCCCAAGGACCUGCCCACCCUGGGCGACAUCACCUUCCUCUUGUACACGAGAGAUAACCCAGACCGGCCCGAACGGAGGGCCAUGAACAAGACCUGCCUGCCGACCUUUGAGAACUUCAAGGCGAGCCGGCCGACGGCUGUCCUCAUCCACGGCUUCGGCGACAACCUGCAGGAUUCCUACAUGCUCCCCCUGCUCAAGGACGCCUUCCUGGAGCGCACCGACGUGAACGUGCUGGCGGUGGACUGGGGCCGGCACGCGGCCACGCCCUGGUACCAGACGGCGGCGCAGGCCACCGAGGCCGUCGGGGUGCACGUCGCCGGCCUGCUCGACCACAUGGCCGAGCGCCAGGGGCUGAGCGCGGCGCGGACGCACAUCGUGGGCUUCAGCCUGGGCGCGCACGUCGCAGGCCACACGGGAAAGAACGUGCGCUCCGGCCGCCUGCACCGCAUCACAGGGCUGGACCCCGCCCGGGUGCUGUUCGAGGGGCUGGGGCCCGCGCAGCGCCUGGACAAGACGGACGCCGACGUCGUGGAGGUGGUGCACUCGUCCGGGGGCUACCUGGGCUUCUCGCAGUCGCUCGGCCACCGGGACUUCUUCCCCAACGGCGGAGAGUGGCCGCAGCCCGGCUGCGUGUUCGACUUUAUCUCCGUCUGCAGCCACCGGCGCGCCUACUACUACUACGCCGAGGCCCUCAAGGAGAGCGCGCGCUUCCCGGCCUACCCCUGCGCCUCCAUGGAGGAGUACCGCGCCGGCAAGUGCGCCCGGGUGGCCGCGGCGCACCUCGGCGACGACGCGGACCACUGCACCGACGAGGGCUGCACACAAGGCAACUUUUACUUCGAGACGAAUCCCUCGUCUCCGUUCGCACGUCCGGAGCCAUCCUCGAGUCCUACAGCAGAGUCCGUAUGAAGUCACAAAUGGCGCAUAAUAAAUAUAAAUACAACCUAGUCGAGAUGACGUCACAUAGUUGGUCAGUAUGUUGAAACCCAGUUUUAAAAAUAAUUUUGACAUCAAUAUGAAUUGUAUUGGCGUGUUUGGUGGAAUAUGGUGAAACCAAUAUGAAAUGUUCAUUCCCGCAACAGAAAUAAACUUCUUGGUACAGUA